ACUGAAUUUGCCAUGCGAAUAGUCUCAUUCAGAAACCAUUGUAUUUUAUGUUAUUCAUUUAAUUCACCAUGCGAUAUGACAAGCUGGAAUCUCUGCCCAGCUGUCCCAAUUGUGAGAAUGAACUUCAACGUCCGUCUCGUCCUCAUCAGCAGAGGAAAUAUUGGGUGAUUUCGAUAUGUAUCCACUUCACAUUUUUUUUAUUUUUCAUACUUGUGUCCAGCGCGUUGAACCUUCCGAGAAUACCACCAAAGAAGGCAGUUGACUCUGUCCCGGUCGAUCAUGACGCACACCUCGUUGGCAAUUACUCUUCACCCCUAAACAAUCAUGCUUCGUACAAAAUUGAAACUCGCUCUCCUGAUGAUUGGGACCCAGCCCUAUUUUUUGGAGAACCUUCUUUUGAGUCAGACACUGCUUGGAACAACCUUAUCCGGCCAAGAUCAUUCCGUGUGCAUCGCGACGAAGCUGUUCGUCUAAACCUUACGGAUAGUAUCCUAGUCCAACCGGGAGAGGACUUCGCAACUGAAUUGGGGAUAAUCCACAAUCUCCACUGCCUGCGGCGUAUACGCCAGAUGCUGAACCCCGAGUAUUACUAUCCGGACGCCUCAGAAGAAGAAUUGGAAUAUAACCGCCAUCAUAACCUUCACUGUCUUGAGUCAAUACGAACAUCAAUGCUCUGUUAUCCCGACAUAAAUCCACAUCCAUACUUUUGGUCCGGUAGCAAGUACCAUCCCGUGACUGUUAGUGGAAAGGUAACACGUAGAUGUGUCGACUGGGAGGGUCUGCAGCCGAUACUGGAAAAACGCAACUUUGAGCCGAAGGAGUUGAUGCGAAAUACUGGGCCACCGAAUUGACGGUGAUUUAAUUAGAACUGAUAGAAUUCCAUAUCAAAUUGGGAGCAGGUCACGAAUGUGGAGGGUGGAUAUGUGUGAAAAGAUGAAUGGUGAUGAUGUGGGAUUGGUUGAGACCGACCCAGCCUGCCUCACCAUGCAAGGACAGACAUCAUCUGAUCAUCCAUUGAUAGUCGGUGAGCUGACUAGCUGCGGAUGAUCGACAGGUAGCAUUGCACAGGAGAUCCGCAACAAGUAAUUACUUC